UUACGUGUGUUUUUGAAUCUACUAAAUCUAGACAUAGACAUAGACAUUCUGGUGCGCGUGAUUUGUGUGCAGGUCACGGAGCAUCGUUUCAGCAGAUACAAUUUUUCUACCGCAGAGUCGUUACCCUUUGAAUGACCCCAUCGCGUGCCCGCCUCCAGUCUGAUGGUGUAGGUAGUCCCGUCUGUAACCAGAGGGUGGCGCGCCGCUACAAUCUUGCAGAGCACACUACAGCUAGUUCGCUGAAACUCUUGUUGCGCGUUCCCGUGUCCAAACAAUUCCACCCUGAUUUCCUGCUUACGCGUGAGUUUACCGCUGGAGGUCACAAAAUAGGAUUUACGACUGGUCAACAAAAACACGUGACUAUAAGCCUUACCCCAUAUUUGGGAGUCUACGUAAGGGAGCAUUAAGUCUGUGUCUCACUCAUUUCCAUAAUUCAUCAUAAAUUGUGCAAGAGUGCAAUAGAAGCUCAAAACCAUCCAGAGACACAAAUCAAACACACACGGCAGAACUGUUCUCUCCAUAAAGGUAGUUGUAACCACAAAUAAUUAUAAGAUAACUGUCAAUCAAUGAGCUCUUAUUUUGGGAACUCAUUUUGCGGUCACUAUCCAAAUGGCGCGGACUAUCCCUUACAUAACUAUGGAGAUCAUAGUUCUAGUGGCCAAUGCGGAGAUUCUCCGGGCAUGCAUUCGGGCAGGUAUGCUUUUGGUUACAAUGGAAUGGAUCUCAGCACCGGGCGCUCUACCACCGGACACUUCCUCUCAUCUGGUGAGCGAACUCAUAGCUACACAGACAGUCCAACUGCGACGCCUGUCCGGUACAAUCAACCGGUUACCGCGAGCAGUGCUGAGCUUUCCCCAGACCCUCUCCCCUGCCCAUCCUUAUCCAGCUCUCCUGUCAGCGAGCAGUCACACCGCGCCCUGAAAACCUCACUACCGAGCACCGCUGGCUCUGCGACCAACAGCGUCGGGACGGUUCUCAGUCGCGAGGGACUUUCUAAAGCGUCCAGCACUAUGGAGGAAGAAAAGCCACCGGGAAGUGCCCAGACAGCUCCACAGAAUGUAUCAGAUGCGCCGCAGAUUUAUCCAUGGAUGCGAAAACUUCAUAUAAGUCAUGACAGUUUGACCGGACCGGAGGGGAAAAGGCCCAGGACAGCCUACACACGCUACCAGACACUUGAGCUUGAAAAGGAGUUCCACUUCAACCGGUACCUGACACGUCGCCGACGUAUUGAGAUUGCACAUACGCUCUGUCUCUCAGAGAGACAAAUCAAAAUAUGGUUUCAAAACCGCAGAAUGAAAUGGAAAAAGGACAACAAGUUGAAGAGUAUGAAUAUGGCGGGUGCAGGAAGCGCAUACCGGCCGUGAAAAUGUGUAUAUUGUAUAUGUGUAUAUGUGCAUAUAUAAAUUAAAUCUGUUCGUGUUUGAAUGUAUGCGUGUUCGACAAGUGGAUGAAGACUUUGCCGAUUUUACAAAAUAACUUUCCACUGGUAUUGAAAGAGUGAACGCCCUGUGUUGCGUCCUUGGUCAGAAAAAAUAAAACAAACACUUCCUCUCUGUGUUUUCAUGUAAUGUUGCGUAUGUGGAGAGAUCUUUGCAUUGUCUUAGAAAUGCCACAUGAAGGUGUAAAUUAAUAUAACACUUAUCGACGAAAAAUGCUUCUGAGAAAAAAAAACGUUUCUGAAAGGUGCAUUUGGGUAAGCCAACCUGUGAAAAUAUUUCACUGUUACCAAAUGAAGCAUAACUUAAAAUGUUUUGGUUAUUGUGUUUUAUGUCUUUUGGUUUGUAAAUAUGAAUUGAUGUAUUUUAUGUAUUUAAAUUCGAUAUCAAAUAUCGAUAGUCUCUUAUUUGUUGUGAAGUUGAAGCAGAAGACCUGUUUUAUUCGUGUUGUACUGUCAUCUUUGUGUCUUGAUAAAAUCGUUCCGUUCAGACUUGU